AGGAUCCGGGGCGCGGCGGCGACAGGGCCCCAAGGCGGAUGCCCGGGCCAGGACUCUGGCGCCUACUUACUCCUCGGCCGGCCCGGCGGCUCCGGAAAACGACCUCACAGGAAUGGCGACAAGAGCGCCGCCGCCCGCAGGGGCUGAGGAGAGCGAGCCUGGGGCUCCAGGCCCAGAGAUGAGACGCUCUGGCUGGGAGGCAAGGAGUAUCGGCACCGACGGAUAGAAGCCGGUGGCCCUCAGCUUGAGCAGGCGGCUUCGGGGCGGGGACAGAAGGGACCAAGGCCCACCGCAGGCCUCAGAUCCUCCCACGCCUCCCUGCUGCUACCCCACGAUGACGCAAGCUGGAGUGCAAUGGCGCGAUCUCGGCCUCCCGGGUUCCAGCGAUUCUCCUGCCUCAGCCUCCCGAGUAGCUGGGACUACAGGCGCCACCACGCCGGCUAAUCUUUGUAUUUUUAGCAGAGACGGAGUUUCGCUAUGUUGGCCAGGCUGGACCCGAACUCUUGAGUUCAGGCAAUCCGCCCGCCUCGGCCUCCCAAAGUGCUAGAGGAUUGCAGGCGUGAGCCACCGCGCCUGGCCCUAACAUUUCAAAACGUUUGAGCCACCGCUAGAGGAUUGCAGGCGUGAGCCACCGCGCCUGGCCCUAACAUUUCAAAACGUUUGAGCCACCGCUAGAGGAUUGCAGGCGUGAGCCACCGCGCCUGGCCCUAACAUUUCAAAACGUUUGAGCCACCGCUAGAGGAUUGCAGGCGUGAGCCACCGCGCCUGGCCCUAACAUUUCAAAACGUUUGGAAUUCAGGCAACAAGAGACAUUUUGUAAGAACAUUUAAAACCCUUCUCCCCUGGAAAUCAAGAGAUAUGUAUGGAGCCUGGAGAUUCCGAACUCAAUUUUCUAGGACAAAGGCAAACUCACAUGAUUACAAGAAUGAAAGUGAUCGUCACGCUGCUUCCAGGUUCCAAAGUAUGGAUAAUUUUUUUUUUUUUUUUUUCUUUUUUGAGAUGGAAUCUUGCUCCUGUCGCCCAGGCUGGAGUGCAGUGGCGUGAUCUCAGUGCAAACUCCGCCUCUCGGGUUCAAGCGAUUCUCCUGCCUCAGCCUCCGGAGUAGCUGGGAUUAUAGGCGCGCGCCACCACGCCCGGCUAAUUUUUUGUAUUUUUAAUAGAGACGGGGUUUCACCAUGUUGGCCAGGCUAGUCUCGAACUCCUGGCCUCAGGUGAUCCGCUCGCCUCGGCCUCCCAAGGUGCUGGGAUUACAGGCGUGAGCCACAGCGCCAGGCCGAGAAAUAUUUUUUAAAGAGGAAUUAAAGAACCUAAUUGGUUUUGAGAGCUCUCCAAAAGCCAGUAAAUGUUUUCCCCAUAAUAUUCCAUUCUACCCCAUUAGAAAAAAAACAAAAUCACAUAACGCAACUUGGGCCAAAAAAUAUUACACGUUCCAAUUACGGAAAUAAUGAACUGAAUCAUGUCACCCUUGAACUAUGUAAAAGUUGAAAAGAUGUUCAGUGUUAAAUGUAAUAACAGUUCCACAUUAAAAGAUAUUUACGUUCGAGUUUACAGUAUUUAAAAAUGCCUUUCUACACACUUUCCCGGGAAGUUAAUGCCACUUCAGUUGAGCUAUCUAGCGAGAUGGUUAAGCAUUUACUGUGUCUCUAACACCGACCAGGGGAAAAAUCAUCAAUUCGUUUGCCCGAGUUUAAGAGAAUUUUCACCCAACUUCUAAUCUCCACAGCCAAUCAGUUCUUGGAACUGCACGCCCGAUGCGGACAUCCCUCUCUAGUUGGCUCCCCUCGUUAGCGGGAUUCAAUAACUAAACGUCCAUUUCUAGCAUUGACUGAAGAGCUCAAGCUUGACACUCGCCCUCAAUCCUUAGCAGCACCGCCCACCACGCUCCCGGAAGUUGCGACACUACGCCGCGCGCUAGUCCCGGGACGUGGGGUUUUAUAUCCGGAUUCUUAGCGCGGACUCAGAACCCCGCUCUUCCCUACGCGGUCAGCACAUGCGCGGCAGCUCUUUUCCUUCUUCCUCCACUUCCCCUACCUUCCACCGUCCGGGAGCUGCCGCCACCGCCGCCGAGGAGUCAGGAAGUUCAAGAUGGCCGCCGCGGAGACCCAGUCGCUACGGGAGCAGCCAGAAAUGGAAGAUGCUAAUUCUGAAAAGAGUAUAAAUGAAGAAAAUGGAGAAGUAUCAGAAGACCAGUCUCAAAAUAAGCACAGUCGUCACAAAAAAAAGAAGCAUAAACACAGAAGUAAACAUAAGAAACAUAAACAUUCCUCAGAAGAAGACAAGGAUAAAAAACAUAAACAUAAGCAUAAACAUAAGAAACACAAAAGAAAAGAGGUUAUUGAUGCUUCUGAUAAAGAGGGUAUGUCUCCAGCAAAAAGAACUAAACUUGAUGAUUUAGCUUUGCUAGAAGACUUGGAAAAACAGAGAGCCUUGAUUAAGGCCGAACUUGAUAAUGAGUUAAUGGAAGGAAAGGUCCAGUCUGGUAUGGGGCUCAUUUUGCAAGGUUAUGAGUCUGGCUCUGAAGAAGAGGGGGAGAUUCAUGAAAAGGCAAGAAACGGAAAUAGGUCUAGUACUAGAUCUUCAAGUACAAAGGGGAAACUUGAACUUGUGGACAAUAAAAUUACUACAAAAAAACGAAGUAAAAGCAGAUCCAAAGAACGGACUAGACAUAGGUCUGAUAAAAAGAAAAGUAAGGGGGGUAUUGAAAUCAUUAAAGAGAAAACAACUAGGAGCAAGUCAAAGGAGAGGAAAAAAUCUAAAAGCCCAUCCAAAAGAAGUAAGUCUCAAGAUCAAGGAAGGAAAUCAAAAUCCCCUACCCUUAGAAGGCGAUCUCAAGAGAAAAUUGGUAAGGCCAGAUCUCCUACUGAUGAUAAGGUUAAAAUUGAAGAUAAAAGUAAAUCAAAAGAUAGGAAAAAAUCCCCAAUUAUAAAUGAAAGUAGAAGUCGCGAUCGAGGUAAAAAAUCUAGAUCCCCAGUUGAUUUAAGAGGUAAAUCCAAAGACAGAAGGUCACGGUCCAAAGAGAGAAAAUCAAAACGGUCUGAAACUGAUAAAGAAAAGAAGCCAAUUAAAUCUCCCUCUAAAGAUGCUUCAUCUGGGAAAGAAAAUAGGUCACCCAGUAGAAGACCUGGUCGUAGUCCUAAAAGAAGAAGUUUGUCUCCAAAACCACGUGAUAAAUCAAGAAGAAGCAGGUCUCCACUUUUGAAUGAUAGAAGAUCUAAGCAGAGCAAAUCCCCCUCGCGGACACUGUCUCCUGGGAGAAGAGCCAAGAGCCGAUCCUUAGAAAGAAAACGACGAGAACCAGAGAGGAGACGACUUUCUUCUCCAAGAACACGACCUCGAGAUGAUAUCCUCAGUAGACGUGAAAGAUCAAAAGAUGCCAGCCCCAUCAAUAGGUGGUCUCCAACCCGAAGAAGAAGUAGAUCUCCCAUUAGAAGGAGGUCUCGUUCCCCACUCAGACGUAGCAGGUCUCCAAGAAGAAGAAGCAGAUCUCCUCGGAGAAGGGACAGAGGUCGGAGGAGCAGAUCACGCUUGAGAAGGCGGUCUCGAUCACGGGGUGGUCGUAGACGAAGGAGCAGAAGCAAAGUAAAGGAAGAUAAAUUUAAAGGAAGUCUUUCUGAAGGAAUGAAAGUUGAGCAGGAAUCUUCGUCUGAUGAUAACCUUGAAGACUUUGAUGUAGAGGAAGAAGAUGAAGAAGCCCUAAUAGAACAGAGAAGAAUCCAAAGGCAGGCAAUUGUUCAGAAAUAUAAAUACCUUGCUGAAGAUAGCAAUAUGUCUGUGCCAUCUGAACCAAGCAGCCCUCAGAGCAGUACGAGAACACGAUCACCAUCUCCAGAUGACAUUCUGGAGCGAGUAGCUGCUGAUGUUAAAGAGUAUGAACGGGAAAAUGUUGAUACAUUUGAGGCCUCAGUGAAAGCCAAGCAUAAUCUAAUGACAGUUGAACAGAAUAAUGGUUCAUCUCAGAAGAAGUUGUUGGCACCUGAUAUGUUUACAGAAUCUGAUGAUAUGUUUGCUGCGUAUUUUGAUAGUGCUCGUCUUCGGGCCGCUGGCAUUGGAAAAGAUUUCAAAGAGAAUCCCAACCUCAGAGAUAACUGGACCGAUGCAGAAGGCUAUUAUCGUGUGAACAUAGGUGAAGUCCUAGAUAAACGUUACAAUGUGUAUGGCUACACUGGGCAAGGUGUGUUCAGUAACGUUGUGCGAGCCAGAGACAAUGCAAGAGCCAGCCAAGAAGUGGCUGUAAAGAUCAUCAGGAACAAUGAGCUCAUGCAAAAGACUGGUUUAAAAGAAUUAGAGUUCUUGAAAAAACUUAACGAUGCUGAUCCUGAUGACAAAUUUCAUUGUCUGAGACUCUUCAGGCACUUCUACCACAAGCAGCAUCUUUGUCUCGUAUUCGAGCCCCUCAGUAUGAACUUACGAGAGGUGUUAAAAAAAUAUGGUAAAGAUGUUGGUCUUCAUAUUAAAGCUGUAAGAUCCUAUAGUCAGCAGUUGUUCCUGGCAUUGAAACUCCUUAAAAGAUGCAAUAUCCUACAUGCAGAUAUCAAGCCAGACAAUAUCCUGGUUAAUGAAUCCAAAACCAUUUUAAAGCUUUGCGAUUUUGGGUCGGCUUCACAUGUUGCGGAUAAUGACAUAACACCUUAUCUUGUCAGUAGAUUUUAUCGUGCUCCUGAAAUCAUUAUAGGUAAAAGCUAUGACUAUGGUAUAGAUAUGUGGUCUGUAGGUUGCACCUUAUACGAACUCUAUACUGGAAAAAUUUUAUUCCCUGGCAAAACCAAUAACCAUAUGCUGAAGCUUGCAAUGGAUCUCAAAGGAAAGAUGCCAAAUAAGAUGAUUCGAAAAGGUGUGUUCAAAGAUCAGCAUUUUGAUCAAAAUCUCAACUUCAUGUACAUAGAAGUUGAUAAAGUAACAGAGAGGGAGAAAGUUACUGUUAUGAGCACCAUUAAUCCAACUAAGGACCUGUUGGCUGACUUGAUUGGGUGUCAGAGACUUCCUGAAGACCAACGUAAGAAAGUACACCAGCUAAAGGACUUGUUGGACCAGAUUCUGAUGCUGGACCCAGCUAAACGAAUUAGCAUCAACCAGGCCCUACAGCAUGCCUUCAUCCAGGAAAAAAUUUAAACAAGAUGAAGAAACUCCAAGGGUUUGAGUAAAUACAAAGACUGAAGAAAUUUCACAGCAGUUUAUUAAUGUAUAUAAACUUAUAAAUAUUUCUCCAGCAAAUUUGAGGAAGCAUGAUAUAUUUGAAUUAACACCAAGGGUGAUAUUUCUUUUAGAAAUGUUAGUUAAUCUGUUUUGUGUCUUACGUGAAAUUUCACUGUAGAACUGUUUUAAAUUGCCAAGACUGCACAAAAUUACAGUGCUAAUGUAUAUGGUUGCAGUUCACAUAAAGACAAAAGCAUCUGUUAUAAAAUGAGUAGUAAUAUUGGGUGGUUGAUUUGUUUUUAGCAGACUUGGCUUCAUUUUGGUCUUGAGAUAAAAUGGCCAGCAUAAAUGCUGUUUAUAUUCACGUUUUCCUAGGUGUGUGUGUGCAGGCCACAGCAGCAUGCCCUUGGUGUAGUCAGUGCCGAAAGGGGUCUGUUCCUUCUUGAGCCUGCCUGCAGGGAUGGUCUCCUUUUAAAGCAGGUUGUGUGCAGCAUUCAGUACACUGAAGGUAAGCUAAACCAUCAACAUCUCUGGUGUUUUAAGAUGUUAUUUUAUUGGAACAACUGACAAAUGAGGGAUGUUAGCUUUGUGGCAGAAUUCCCUGCAUGUGUGAUAACUGAUCUUGUUUUAUUUUUUGGCAUUCAACUGUGGCAUAGUUACAAUUUCUGUUUGUUCAUCACAUUUAAAAUUGGAAGAGAACGCGCUUGAUGGAUAGAGCGCCUUCAGUGUACUGUUUCUUAUUAACUUUACUUUUUUAAAAUCAACUUGCUAUAGACUUUAUAUACAUUUUGUUAAAUAUAGUUCCUAGUGACAUAGACACGAUGCGUAGUUUCCAUUUACUAAUUACAAAUGUUGAGGCCUAAUUCUGAAAGUCCUCAUAUUUAAAGGCUAGACAACGUAAUGAAAUUUUUAACUAUUUGUAUGUCAUUUUGAAAGUGUACUGCUUUAUGGUAAAAGUGUUUUUCAUUUGUUCAUUGUUUUCAUUAUUUGUGAUCAUGUUGUCUUUCAAUACAGGCAUAAACCUUCCACUCUUGAACAAAGCAGCUGCUUUUUAAAAGCGGUAAUUGCUUCUUUACCUUUUAUUUCUUUUGUAAAUGAAGCUUUUCUUUAAGAAUGUGACUUUAAAGUGUUGUCUAUUGCAUAAAACAGUUGACACUCACUUAUUGUAAAGUGAAGAUUGUUCUACUGCAUGUGAAGUGGACCAUGCAGAUUUCUGUAUGUUCUCAGUAUGCAUCACUAGAUAAUAAAGUCUUUUGUGAACAAGGCA